AUGGAUCGUUCGUUCGCGUUGGUCAAGAUCUACGGCAUGGAUCGGGAAGAAAGGUCACUCGUUUUUUUGGUCAAUAUCCUCGCGUCAAGGCAAGGCUUGUUUCGUUGUAUUGGAUCGUUUUCGCUCGGCCCCGACGGCUCAACAGCCAGCACUCGAGACUCAGCCAAGGGAGGACAUCAGGCGCUGUCGGGGUGACGAGUAGCUGGGGCUUGGCUGCGGCCUGUCAGUCCCUGGGGACCUCUAGCUCUGGCUUCGACCCCCUCCCUUGGCCCCUCGGGUGUGUUCCCCUCCUCCUCCCCUCCUCUCUGUCUUAGUAUUCCUGGUUCUCCGUGUUUCCAGUCGUGAAUUUUUGUAUAUUCUCCCCUUUUCUUUCUCUAGGCGCUCUUGCCCAGUUUUCGAGUAUCUUCGCUCCCGCUCUUGGGACGUGAAGCGGCAGCAGUACUCACCGCCCGUUGGAGUCCGCGUUAGGUGCUCGGCGAGUUUUGAUCUGCGCAGCGCUCUUUGCGCGCAGGGGUUUGACUUUCACCCAAUUGCUUGCCGUCGUUGCUUUAUAACCUCUUUUAGCUCUUUUAAAAAUAAAAAAAUAAAAAAAAUCCUUCGAGUAUUGAUGGCAGUGCAGGCUGUGAUCUUGACAGAGUUGAUCCGCCGAUUUCGUCUGGACGCAACUCGAGGUGUUGCACCGGCAACGCCAAGUGACGGGUCACGAUGUACACGCGUUCCAGGACUUCUCCGAUCGAAUGCGCGUCCUCCAGAUGGAGAUUGGGUUCCAGGUCGUCUCGGAUCAGGAACUCGCCAAGCUUGUUCUCCUCGGCACCGAUCCCGAGCUGUGCCGACUCCUCCGCACGCAUGUCGUCUCGUCGCUAGCUGGAUGGUCCGAUCUCUCACUCGAGAGACUCGCUCUCGAUGCUCCCGCCCCAGCUGUGGUCUCGGAAACCGACGUCUACAGCGAUGCACCGGCGGAGCAACCCGGGGUGUCAGGAUCACAGCCUGCACUGCCAUCAAUACUCGAAGGAAGUCUCCCAAGUUUGCGGCCGGAGUCGACAUCAGCUACCGGGUCGUUCGUUGCAAGCAUCGUGGGCGCGCGGGCGCGCACUCAGUGGUCGAGGGUUCGAUCCGCCCGGAGCGUGAUCGGCCUUUUGGUUUCUUUUCCUUUUUGUUAUCCGAGGCCCGGCUUCGGGGUUUUUACCGGUGCCUUGCAGGCAAUCCUUUUUACCCCUGAAGCGACCUCGUGGUGUAGUUAUUUGACUCAGUCUUUCUUUCGCUCGGAGCACUUCCCUCCCUUUACUUUUGCCACCCUUCCCCCAGAGCUUGGUCCACUCAUUAUCAUGACUUGUACCCUCCCUCUUUUUACCCAUUUCGCUGGCAAUUAAGUCCGUUACACUUGAUUUGCUGCGAAGCCUUCCGACCGAAUCCACUCCUCGGUCGCUCUCGGUCGACUUCCGCCGCCCAGCCGACUCGACCUUCCCAUCGGCCUGGUCAGCUAUUUCUUGGAUCGUUUGCCCUCCCUCUUCUUUCCGACCUCGUUGGCUACCAUAGUCCGGUACACUGGACUUGCUGCGAGCCUUGCAACCGCGUACCCUCCGCGGUUGCCUCUCGGUCGACACCCCUUUCGCUUCUUCGCGCUUUCGCGCGCUCUCUCGCUCUCUCCCUCGUCUCUCGCGUGUAGUCAUCGUCAUCCCCUCCGACGUUGCCUGUCACUGGCAGAAAUGCGAAUGUGGCGAAGCAAACCGUAGCGCUCUGGCACGAGUUCUCGGCCACUCACUAUCAGGGUCCCGUCAUGGCCAUACUGCGUAGGCGUCGUAGAGAAGGCUCUGGGCCUUUUUACUCAGAAGCUAUACAGGUACGAGUCACCAAUCGAGUACAGAACAGCGUGGAAGUAGCACUCCUCGAGGAGUAUCGAGGGCCCGGGGUUUCUAGGCGGGGAACCAGUGACGAGAUGAGGAUCACAGCCCAACGGGCUUGCGACUUUGAAGAGUCUCUCUUCACUUGA